GGACACAGAGACUAACAAACUGGAGACCAAGAGAGAACAGGCGAUUAGUAGGCAGACCGCAGAAGAGGUGGGCAGAUGAUAUCAAACAAGUCGCGGGCAAACAGUGGAUGAGAAUUGCCAAGAGUAGAAAUCGAUGGAAGCAAAUGGAAGAGGCCUAUGUCCAGCAGUGGACGAACACAGGCUGAAGAAGAAGAAGAAGAAGAAGAAGAUUCACAUGAUAUUGAAAGGGUUACAUAAUAUGUAUUUUGUUUUAGAAACUUUAAGAAAAUACGGCGUUUUACCAUUUUUAGACAGAGAAGCUGUCAACGAUUAUCGUCUUGAAAGUACAGAUCUAGUCAUUGAAAAGGGAAUGACAGUUUAUAUUCAUUUAUUUGCGUUUAUGAGGGAUCCCAAAUAUUUUCCAUAUCCUCUAAAAUUUGACCCUGAAAGACUUGCUGAUAAAAAUUUUAACACAGAUGAGCUGCUCUAUUUUCCAUUCGGAGAUAGGCCAAAAGCUUGCAUAGGUAAGCGUUUAGGACUCUUGGCUCUAGGUGCAUGUCUUUCACAUGUUCUAUUAAAUUUUAAGAUUGAGAAAUGUGAAUGAUCAAGUUGAAUUUGAACCAAAAUCGUUUUGCCUCCUAUCAAAAUGUGGACUUCCAGUUAUAUUAACUCGCGUAUCAUAAUUGUAUGUAACUAAUAUAAGCAUUUUUUACAGAAAAUAUUAUCCGACUGUGUAAUGUAAGGUAUAUAAUAUAAUUAUGUCAAAAUAUAUGCAAUUCUUUUA